AUGGCCAACGUGCAACCGAAGAAGACGCUCAGCAUGUCUGUGAAGACGAGCAAGAAGAAGGAGCAAGUGUCUAAGAAAAGACCCAGAGAAGAACCCGAGUCAGAGCCAGAAUCAGAAGUAGAAUCGGAAGUAGAAGUAGAAGGCGAAGAAAGAACAAAAGGAUCAGGAAAAGAAGAUUCAGAAGGAUCAGCAGAAUCAGAAGAUGACAGUAUUGGCAGUAGUAGUGAAGAAGAGAAGAACGAAGCACAAGAGGCAGAAGGAGACACUUCAGACGACGAAUUGCUCAAUGUUCACAAGAGGAGCAAGAAGUCUAAAACCGAGGAAACGGACAAUUUUGCAAACGCCAUGAACGCCCUCUUGGAUACUCGUUUGAAGGCGUAUGAUCGUAAAGACCCAAUCUUGGUGCGUUCCAAGAAGGAAUUGAAGAAGUUCGACGACGAAAAAUUGGAGCAAAAGGCAAAGAGGCUUCUCCUCAAUGAAAAGAAGAAAAAACUGACUGCCAAUAGAAACAAGGAACUAUUACCUACUGAUGAUAGGACUGCAAGACAGGUUUUGGAUCAUGAAAAGAAACUCAAGAAAACUGCCCAGAGAGGUGUAAUCAAGUUGUUCAAUGCUAUAUUGAUGACCCAGUCGAGCACAGAGAAUGAUAUCAAUAGGGAGAAAGGUAUCUUGGGACAGUCCAAGAAGAAGGAGCUGGUGAACGAAAUCAGUAAGGAGAAGUUCCUCGAUUUAGUCCAAAAGGCCGGUAAAUAG